AUGCCUACUCCACCAGCCCUCAUUCAGCGCACACUUGAUAUCAGAAGGAAUGAAAACUCUUUUAUUUUAAUUUUCCUGUGGGAAACCAAGCGCGUCUUUGCAUGUGCAGGGAGCGACGGAACUGCAGACUUCUUUUCACGUGGGAAGGGGGCUUAUCGAGCUGUAAGCGAAGGUGCAGCAGGCCUCAUGGGGUGGGGUGCCACCCCUCCACGGGUAUAUUACAGCCCCCUAUCCGCCUCACGAUGGCUCUCCUGGUUUGUCAGCGGUGCUACUGCCACAGUUGCUAGUGCUGUUAGUCCUGCUGCUUCUACUGCUUUUCUUGCGAGCGCUCCAGUGCAUGAAGGCGCCUACGCGGGGCCCUUGCCGUGUGCAACGACGGCUAUGCUGAAUUCCGAUAUGGAACCAAAAAGAAGAGUUACGGACCGAAACUGGCUUGCUGUCUUUGCUGCAUUUUUGCUAUUUUGCUUGUGUUUCGUGCUGGUGGCGCUCACCGAGGGGAGUCCUGCUCGCCUUUACAAGGGCAUGAACUACCAAGGGAAGGCGUGCGGGGUAGAUGAAGCCGUGAAGGAUUUGCCAUACUUGUACUUCCCCCUCGAUCCGCGAGAAUCCUUUGCCUCGAUUAUGCUUCAAGAUGGGCGCUGCGUAGCAAAGUGCCCUACAGAAGAGGACGUCGAAAACGGAGUUGCCAUACCGGUUCCGGUUCGCGAGACGACGGUAGACACUUCUAAGACUUCGGCUAUGACAGUUGAAUUUCUGCUUCUGUCACCUGCCUAUGCGAGCACCCUCAUGGCAGACGCCUACUGCAUCCCCCUAGACCCUUCCCUCCGCUCGCAGCUGGCGCCAGCGCUGAACAGCACUUUCCGGCAGCUGCAGCUCGCCAUCGGAUCAUUCUUCUGCGCCGGGGGAUCAGUAUUCGGCUAUCUCGUACUCGCUGUGAUCUUCUCCUUGGCUUUCGCUGCCUCCGUUCGAGCGGCUCCUGGAUUUGUUCUUGGGGGCGCUGCCGUCAGCACCAUUGCACUUGCAUUCAUCAGUGGCGGAAGUCUCAUCAAGAGUGGCUUUAAUGGGGUGCUCGAUCAAGACAAGGGAAGCUUCUAUUCCUUCGACUAUACGCUUGCCAUGAUUGUUGGAUUCGUUCUGCUUUUCAUUGGCUGCUUCCUUUGCGCGGCCCUCUUCGUGGCGAGAAGAGCUAUUGCAGCAUCUUUGCGGGUCAUGGAGUGCAUCGCGGAAGCCAUGAGCGACAUGCAACAAAUCUUCAUCGCACCCCUCUCUUUCUCCGCAGGAACCAUCGUGUGGGUUCUUAUUUGGCUCUGGUCGUACUUGUAUAUCGCCUCGGCUGGAAGCGUGGGGGCCACUGAGAUUCCUAUGGGCUUGGAACAGAACGGCGACGUCGGAAUUCUGCCGCUCCACAGGGAAUUUGUGUGGGACGUUCGGUUCAUGUUUUUCGGCUUCGUUUGGUGGAUUUGCUUCUUUUGGGUGCUCGAAGCACUCCUUGCCUUCUCGCACUUUGCUGUUUCGUACUCUGCAACAGUUUGGUACUUCUCUCCUCCCGAAGGAGCAGACGAAAGAGACGUGGGCUGGUUCCCGCCUCUUGUAGCCAUGGGGCUCGGUUUCAUUCAUCAUCUCGGUAGCUUCGCUGUCGGUGGUCUAGUGAUGGGAGCGACAAGGGGAAUACGUCUGCUCUUCCCUUGGACAGCGUCAAAACAUUUGGCGGGUACAGAAGACUCUCCAGUUGUCCAAAGUCUCAGAGAUUCAUUUGGGAGUAUCAUGAGCCCCUUAACGUUUAUCGUUGAUCGAUUUACGUCUUCCGGCUACAUCGAGAUGUCCAUAUCCUCCAAGCCAUUCUUCCCCGCUAUGGAUAAAUCAUACGCUCGCCUUGCUCAAGCUCGGUCUCCAGCCACUUUGCUUCAUGGGAUCGUGUCAACCGCCUCAGCAGUGGGCUCGUUGUUCAUCUCUCUGCUCAUCGGCGCCAUGGCCUACUCGACCUUAACUGCAACAGAGAAGUACUCCUCCAUUACUUCCGCCUCAUUUGUGGCGGCUCCACUCUGCGUUUCCCUCUUCACCGCUCUGUGCGCUUUUUUCAUUGCCCUCCAUUUCAUGUCCGUAUGGGAUAUUGUCUCCGAUACGUUCAUGUACUGCUUCCUCGUCGAGUCUGUCCAACCGCCAGUCAUCGACGAGAAUCCUCUGACCAAGGUGCACGCCCCCGCCUGUCUUCGGGAGCUUCUCCUCGAUGCGCAAAGGAACUUCAGAAGCUAG